GGCAUCCACGAAGUGAUGCAAACCAUUUCAAUCGCAAAUUUGCUGGAUGUUGGGUUGAGGAUAUGCCACAUGCAUUGUUGGUUAAACUCGAUAACCUAUUCUAGAUAGAUAUGCAUGGGUAGUCUUACGCCUACCCACACGGCCUUGGUGAGGUGGAAGGUUCUAGCUAACAUACAUAUACCUUCUAUGGACUCGAGACUACCGUCGCUAUCCAAUUUUCAAAAUCGCGAGGUCAUCUCAGUUCAGGACUUUGAACGCCGCUCACGAUGGAACCAACUACCGAGGAAAAGAAUCAAGAAUUUGAGCCAAUGGACUCGCCGUUGAUAAAGUCGAAUUCUCAUGGAAAACCUCCCUUUUGCCCAACUCAUAACCCUGUCCGAAACAUUAGUCCAUUUCCCAAUUCGACGACCAAACGAAUCCAGGUUUUCGUACCAGACAUGUUCUCGUCUAUCAUGUCUGCGAAACCUAUCGUGAACCCAAACUAUUUCUCCGUGAAGCCCCAGGCUGAUGCAUGGCUUGCAAGGACUUUUGGGCAGAAUGGAAAAUGGGCAACCAAAAACUCCAAAGUGGACUAUGCAUACCUAGCUUCGAUGUGGGCACCAACUUGCGACGAAGAGGCUCUAAGAACGAUAGUUGACUGGAUGCACUGGGCAUCCUAUUUCGACGACCAAUUCGAUGAAGGACACCUCAGAAAAGACCUCUCGGCGGCCCAGGAGGAGAUUGGGAUUGCUGUAGGGAUAAUGGAAGAGACGCAACCGUGGUAUGCUCCCGAACAAUGUCCGCUAAGAUAUGUAUUUCAAACGACAUGGGAACGCAUAAAAAAGAGAUCAUCUCAAGACAUGCAACAACACUCAAAGCAAAUGCAUAGGAUGUUCUUCGAUGGCCUAAUUGAACAAGUAAGAUCUACAGAAGGGAAAAGGACAUUGACGCUCAGCGUAGAAGAAUACCUGCAUAUGAGGAGAGGGACAAUCGGCGUAUAUCCAGGUAUAUCCCUCAUUGAAUAUGCUGAGGGCGUAGAACUUCCCCUGGAUAUCAUCAACCACCCGUCCUUGAAAGAAUGCAUGUGUGUCUCGGUUGACCUCGCGCUUCUAGCCAAUGAUAUCCUGUCGUACAAGAAAGAUAUAGCAUUGGGUGUUGAUCAGAAUCUCAUCGUACUCUUGAUGAACCAAGGGCUAUCAGCGCAACAAGCUCUGAAUAAAAUUUCAAGCAUGAUCCAUAACUGCUAUAAACGAUACUACAUGGCUUUGGCCAAUAUGCCUAUCUGGGGAGAAAAAACAGACCGGGUGGUACUCCGAUUCGUGGAAGCCUGUCGCAAUGCAGCCCUGGGGAAUCUUCACUGGAGCUUCAAAACUGGUAGAUAUCUGGGGAGUGGUGGUAAUCAACUCUACGAAACACGAACACUAAUCAUCAACUAAGUUCCUACCUGUAGGCGAGCCGACCUAAUUUCCUAGAUAGCACAUGAAUGCGCUUUAACCAGACAAGGUUGCUCUAACUCAUUGGCCAAGACCGUACCUAGUAUGAUUUAGCACUACUAGGUACCUAGUGGAAGAUGAUGCGCCUAAUUGUUAGUGGACUUUUAGGGGAUUGGUGAAUAACUAUAGCGCAUUUAUAGUGGAUGAUCGUUAUAAUUGAGGUAAGGGGCUUAUAACCUAGAAGGUUUGCAUAAGAAUUGAUAAGAUACCUAUAAGAUCUUUUUAUUUGGUUGCUGAAUGCCCUGAGCUACAGCUAUAAUGCCGCUUUACGUACUAAGUUUUGG